GGACGAUGGUGACAUAGCAACUGGCCAGCAAGAUUUGAUCACUAUUGAUGCACUGUUGAAACUUCAGCAGGCAAGGAAGCACUGGGUUUACGGGGAGAUAGUGGCUAUCGACAACUACAAAGAUUGGUCCUACAUUUCAUGCAUCAGUUGUAAUCGGAAGGUUUCCACUAACGAGGAUAGCUUUUGGUGUGUCUCUUGCAAUGCAAAUGACGCUGUUCUUCGGUUUAAGGUGAAUGUCAGGGUAGUUGAUUGUACAACACAUGCCUCCUUCUUGCUAUGGGAUAGGGAGGUCUCAUGCUUGCUGGGAAAGUCGGCCUCAUCCCUUAAGGAACAAAUAACUGGGAGGAACUUUGGACCGCAUUACUUCCCUUCUGAGAUAACCUCGCUCAUUGAUAUAAAGGCUUUGUUUAAGGUUCAUUUUAAAAGAGAGGGCAGGGGUUUCAAAGGAAAUCAGACUUUCAGCGUUAUAAAAAUGAACACUGACCCCAAAGUGCUGGCACUUUACUCAUCAAAGAUAAAUGCUGUUGAGGAGGAAGAUGAAUUCACUCGAUUGGCCAAGGAGUUUUCAGGUUCUGGAACCGGGGUUCAGUCAUCGCAGCAAUCUGUGUCCAGCCCGCUGUUGACCAAGGAGAAAAGGGGUGAUUUGAAAGUGGACACUGAGAAACUGAAACGUGACUUAUUUGGAGACUCCUCCACUUCAACAUCUGGGAAAAAACUCAAGGGGGUGAAAAAGGAAUAAAGAUUAUGCUUCGCUCUUUGUUAGCUGUGUGUGUCUAAGUUGUGUGGGACAGUUAUGUGCG